AUGGCAUUUUUGGGUCUUUCUGUUCAAUCUUCUCCUUUUAAACCAACUUCUUAUGUUUGGUUUUCUCCUCAUUCUUUCUCUUCUCGUACUUUUUGGGCUUCUUCUGGUAAAGCCCUUCACAGGGGGGAAGAUUGCAAAACUCGGAGUAUAGAAAAUGCAUCUUCCAGCUUAGCGGUGCUUGGCGAUCCCAUUAAACAAAUAUCAAGUCAUGAAAGGAAGUUAUUCUCUAGUGGAUUACAACAGAAGAUUGAGGAAGACAGUAUUUACGGAUGGAAUGCUGAAAUUGAUGCUAUUAAAGCUCUUAAAGCAAAAAACGCUUAUAAUAGUUAUAAAAAGAUUUCAGCGGCAAAUUGCAGUGUUAGCGCCUCCACAGAUCGGAAGGUGAAAGAUGAAAAUUCUGAUGUUCCAAUUGAAGUCAAUACGAGAAUGAUGCGUGAGCGUGUCACCUCUAGCUAUUCAGCUACAACCUGUAUUUCAGGAGGCAGCUUAUCUUCAAAAAGCAAACCACCUCAUAACCCUAAUAGAGGAGAGAAGAAAGACGUUGGGAACUGGAGAGAGUAUAAAAAACAUUUGCCUCAACUAUCUGUAGGUAUCAACCAUUCAAGAAACAAUGAAGUCACAUCAAUAAAUAAGGUUGAUGGUCCUAAUGUAUCUCAUUACAAACCAUUAUCAAAAGGUUCCAAUCUUAAUGAGCAAUUAUCAAGCAAAAUUGUAAACGCCAAAUUUGAAAAAGCAAAUAAACUUUGGCAGGGUAGUGCAUCUAAUCAAAUAAGAGACAGUGUGAAUGGGACUGAUACCAAGGUGGUUACUGUCAAAGCAAAAAGUGUUAUCCUGGAGCAAGCCACUAUCAAAAGGGAAAAGAAUGCAGUUAAAUCGGUGGCAACUGAUUUUGUGAAUGGAACUGAGACUAAGAUUGUCAGUGAUAAAGGAACAGGUUUAGAUCAGAUUACCCUCCGUGAGAGGCUGGGUGCAAUGUAUGAAAAAGUGCAUAUAGUUGACAAUUUAUCUGCAGCCAAGGAAGUUGUCAGCAAACUUACAAGUCAGUACAAGCAUCUCGUCCAUGCAUGUGAUACUGAGGUAGCGAAUAUUGAUGUCAAGCAGCAAACACCUGUUGAUCAUGGAGAAGUUAUAUGCUUCAGUAUUUAUUCUGGACCAGAGGCUGAUUUUGGUGAUGGGAAAUCUUGUAUCUGGGUAGAUGUUCUUGAUGGAGGUGGCAAGGACCUAUUAGUCGAAUUUGCUCCGUUUUUCCAAGACCCAUCCAUCAGAAAGGUCUGGCACAAUUAUAGCUUCGACAACCACGUAAUGGAAAAUUAUGGGUUUGAAGUAUCUGGUUUUCAUGCUGACACGAUGCACAUGGCACGACUUUGGGAUUCCUCUAGGCGAAUUUUGGGUGGUUAUUCAUUAGAGGCACUAACAGGUGAUUCUCAUGUCAUGUGUGAUGCUAGACUAGUCCAUGCUGAAAGGCUGUUCCAUGAUGAAGGUCUGUUUGGUAAAAUAUCUAUGAAAACUAUCUUUGGUCGGAAAAAGCUGAAGAAAGAUGGAACUGAGGGUAAAGUAAUCAUGAUUCCUUCUGUCGAAGAGUUGCAAAGGACUGAACGAGAAUUGUGGAUUUGUUAUUCUGCAUUAGACUCCAUCAGCACAUUGAUGCUUUAUGAGAGCUUGAAGAAAAAACUAUCUAAACGGAUCUGGACAUUCGAUGGAGUUCGUAAAGGAUCCAUGUAUGAAUUUUAUGAGAAAUACUGGCGUCCAUUUGGUGAGGUUCUAGUUCAAAUGGAAACUGAGGGUGUGCUGGUUGACCGUGCCUAUCUUGCUGAGAUUGAGAAAGUCGCUAAAGCUGAGCAGCUGGUUGCUGUGAAUAGAUUUCGUAACUGGGCAGCUAAGUACUGUGCUGAUGCAAAGUACAUGAAUGUUGGAAGUGACACACAGUUGCGUCAGCUGUUUUUUGGUGGCAUCCAGAAUAGAAAGAAUGUUGAUGAGAGUCUACCAAAUGAGAAAGAAUUCAAAGUUCCGAAUGUUGAUAAAGUAAUUGAAGAAGGAAAGAAGGCUCCCACCAAAUUUCGUAAAAUCCAUCUACAUAGGAUUUGUGAUCCUAUCAACACUGAGAUUUUCACUGCCAGUGGUUGGCCUUCCGUUAGUGGAGAUGCUUUGAAGGCUCUCGCUGGCAAAGUUUCUGCAGACUUUGAUAUUUUUGAUGAAGUGGAUGGCAAUGCUGAGGAAGUUCCUGAAACAAGCGUUGAUGAAGCUUUAACUACAAAUAACGAAGCUCUCAGUCAAAAUCCAGAAAUUUCAGCUUAUGGAACAGCCUACCACGCCUUUGGAGGUGGGCAGAAAGGAAUUGAGGCAUGCCAUGCCAUUGCAGCCUUAUGUGAAGUUUGCUCCAUAGACUCUUUAAUAUCCAACUUUAUCCUCCCCUUGCAGGGUCAUGAUGUGUCAGGUGAGAAUGGACGGAUUCAUUGCUCCCUGAAUAUAAAUACUGAAACUGGGCGCUUGUCUGCAAGGAGACCAAAUUUACAGAAUCAGCCUGCUCUUGAGAAAGAUAGGUAUAAAAUUCGGCAAGCUUUUGUAGCUGCAGAGGGGAAUUCCUUGAUUGUGGCUGACUAUGGGCAGUUGGAACUAAGGAUUCUUGCACAUCUUGCCAACUGUAAGAGCAUGUUGGGUGCAUUCGAAGCUGGUGGAGACUUCCAUUCAAGGACUGCUAUGAAUAUGUAUUCUCACAUCCGUGAAGCUGUUGAAAAGGGGCAGGUACUUCUUGAGUGGCAUCCUCAACCAGGUGAAGACAAACCACCAGUCCCUCUGCUAAAGGAUGCUUUUGGCUCUGAAAGAAGGAAAGCAAAGAUGCUCAAUUUUUCAAUUGCGUACGGAAAAACUACAAUUGGACUCUCUCGCGAUUGGAAGGUAUCUGUAAAGGAAGCAAAGGAAACAGUUGAACGUUGGUAUAGUGAUAGAAAAGAAGUGUCAGAUUGGCAAGAACAACGCAGAUUUGAAGCACGUGAGUUUGGAUGUGUUCACACACUUCUAGGACGAGCACGUUGGUUUCCGUCAGUAAAAAAUGCAACCGGAUCCGUAAAAGGUCACAUAGAACGAGCUGCUAUCAAUACUCCAGUGCAGGGAAGUGCUGCAGAUGUCGCUAUGUGCGCGAUGUUAGAGAUAUCAAAGAAUGCACGACUAAAGGAGCUUGGAUGGAAAUUGCUUUUACAGGUUCAUGAUGAAGUUAUUUUGGAAGGACCAGAAGAAUCUGAGAAAGAAGCCAUGGCAAUAGUGGUUCACUGCAUGUCCAAUCCGUUUAAUGGGAAAAAUAUUCUCAGAGUUGGCUUAUCUGUCGAUGCUAAAUGUGCUAAAAACUGGUAUUCUGCCAAGUAGAUGGUGGAUUUCAUCAACAAAGAUACGCGAACUUCUAUCAACUCGGCUCCAUCCCUGCAUUUAUUUUGUGCUUUGAAAUGUAUAGAAUUUAAUCUAACCCAGUCCAGUGUGUCACCGCAAACAGAUGAUUCUCGCGACCAUCAAACUAUAACUGCCUUCCUCCCCUCCCCCUUUUUAUGUCAUGUAACCUGCUGCUGUACUCAUUUUUCAACAGGUAUAGAAUAGCCUAAGCCUGUAGAGACCUUAAUUUGUGUAAAUGUAACAUUUUUUUUCUUUUUUUGUGUAUUUCUGGUUAAGUUGUAUGUAGACUUGGUAUUCGUAACAAAAUCUUUGUAAAUUUGCACCUUAACAUUCUGAUGAUGUCUUCCCCAU